CGAGCGCUCACCGUCGACGUCGGCGGGUGCCUUUUAUCGCCCGUGGAACCGGUGACGGAGACCUACUUGAGACUCGCGGCCGUGCACGGGGUGCGGGGAAUCACGAGGGAUAGCGUCAAGGCUGCGAUUCGAGCCGGGUUCGCGGCGCCGCCGCCGCCGGAGCAACGCGGUGUGAGGUACGUCGGCGACGGGCGAGGGUUCUGGCGCCCGCUCGUCGCCGCCGCGAUGGGGGGGCUCGCCGAUGACGACCCGACGCUGGAUGCGGUGCUGGAUGACCUGUACGCACACUACGAGAACCCCGCCGCGUGGUGCGUCGCGCCGGGGGCCAAAGAGGCGUUUAAGCAACUUCGAGCCGGGGGCGUGAAAGUGGCUGUCAUCUCCAACUGGGACACGCGCCUGCCCAAGCUGCUGCGCGACUGCGGCUUUGACGAGUCCUUGAUCGACACCGUCGUCGUUUCCGCGGAGCAGAUGAGCGAUAAACCGGACGCGAGGAUCUUCGAGGCGGCGAUGGAGAGGCUGGGAGAGGUUGGGAACGAAGCGGCGUGCGUGCACGUGGGCGACUCGUCGGUCAACGACGUGGAGGGGUCGGCGCGGGCGGGUUUCGGGGCGUCGCUGCUGUGG